GCCCGUAGGCUGCCGCGUGGCCAUGUCCGAACUUCCCAGUCAACUAUCCGUCCUUCAAUUGUCACUUCAAUCAAUGGUUAUGAGGACUCGAAGUUGAUUCAUAUGAUCCUAGAAAUCUGCGUCACACCUCCGAACUUAUGUUGCAGAUGCUGGUAUUUAGACGCUGAAAUUGACGUUCCGCUUAAAGUCCUGUACACGCGUUGGCAAGUACUAGUAGGACUACCUACUAUCAGACGCUCAAAUCUACGCAGUUCAGGAGACGAACCUUUGAUGGUAAUUUGUACGUCAUUGUGGAAUAAGUUGGCGGAACCACUAGUUGAGCAGGAAAGUUAAGUUCCAUUAUGGCUCUCUUAUCUUCCAAUAAACCAUGCUGUUGUACUCAUGGUGACUU